CUGCUGGUGGUGCACGAACGAAAUUCAGUCGCGUUAGAAUUGCGUGAUUCCAUUCGGCCAUCAAUUAGCCCCACGAGGACGUAUCAAUUGUGUGCGGUUAACGUAAAGCGACGGCAAAUGUUUCUGCGUGUGCAGCUGCUAGCGCUGGCCGUGACGCUGGUGCAAAGUUCGAGUGCAUACUACAGCGGACCGUUCCUAUUUUGGGGGCUGGAUGAUCUGAAGGACCUGCAAACCCCAGCGCUGACCGAGCUGGAUGAUAAGAUGCUGCGGGAUCUCUACUCGAACGCGGCGGCUGUGGUCGUUUUCCUACGCAACGGAACGACCAAGCUGUCGGCGGACAGUUUCCCCACGUUCAAGCGCAUCGUGGAAAAGUACGAAUUUAUGUACAGCCCGCAGCAAAUGUUGAGCUCCAAUCCGCUCGAUUAUAACGUGAAUGCUGAGGUUAUCAACCUCGUUGGAUCCCCGUCCCAGCAGGAUGUAGAGCUGUCGGCGCUGUUCCGCGACUCGACGGAAAACUAUGGCGAGCGCAAGGUGCUGGGAAUUCUGGCCAACCAAUGGGAGGAACCGCACGUGCUGCACAAGCGCGAAGCCAAGGGUGGCGACGAUGUCUACUCGACCAGCAGUACCACACCCGGCAGUCCGACGGAUGAGCCGGAAAUAGCCGACUCCAUCUACAACGUGCCGGGAAAGGCGAUCCUUUACGUGACGGGUCCGCCGGUACUGAAGAUGUUGAACGAUUCGGAUGAGGGUGAAACUACGCACGUCCUGGACAAACAUACGCUCGCCACAUACGAUGCACGGGAGCGCGAAAGUAAAAUGAUUGUCACGUUUAAGGUGGACGAUUCGACGAAGCUUACACUGAAGUUCCGAUUCGACAUGGAUGCUGGGUACUGGUCGAUGUCCAAGGUGGAUGUGUUUGUGAUGGACACGAAGAGCAAGGACGGUGCGAAGUCUCUCGAUACGACCCUCGAACUGGAGGGUAAGGCCCCGUACGCACCGCUGGGCGCAUCUUACUCUUGCGCCCGUCAGCUAGUAUUCCGCAAUGGCACCACCGUCCUGACGUUGGAGAACAUUCAGGUACAGCCAGCUCUGGAUGGGAAGACCAAGUUUGACAGUGCCUGGGACUGUGUCGGGUUCACCACGGCCCCGAUCCUGUCCGGCAUCUUCGUGACGUCCUUCAUGCUGAUCGGGCUGACCAUCGCGAUCAUCGCAAUACUGGACAUCAAAACACCGAACCGGUUCGAAUCCCGCACCGGAAAGCAGUUGACAUUCACGGUUCAGGAGUAAGUCACCGGGUACGACACCGGGUGGCCGCGCGAAGAAAGUGUUCGCGCGCGAUUGUAAGCCGUGUGCAAGUGUUAACCUUUAACAUGCUGGCAGGCUGGUGCAGUGAAGGAUGAAAGCCCCGUUUUGAGAAACCGGGACAGUAGGUAUGUGGCCGAGGCCAGUUUGGCCACACAAUAACGUGAGCUGUGGUGUUGCGUGUUGAAAUGAGAGAAAGAUGCGAACAAAACAGGUAUUGCACCGUGCAGUUCCAACCGGGGAAGGCGAACAUCAUCAUUGUCACGAACAGACAGUCGGCAGCUAGAUUAAGUUUCCGGUUCCUCUCAUCCACCUGCGAUGUAUAGUGUAAAUGGCUCUAUCCUACCUACUUUUCCGUUUAAUCUUUUACUAGUUUCGAGCAAAGUUGACGUUCCACGUACGAUCGUUUGAUUGAGUUGUAAGGUUAUGAUUCUUGCUUACUGAUAUUAGGAGUGAACCCGCUCCAUCUUGAAUAAAAAAAACAGGGUCAAUCGUUUGGAAUGUACAAUGUUUAGACUCUUACACCGAUAUUAGGAGCAUAAUGACCGUACCGAAUAAGAGAUUACAUCCUACACGCGGCAAAAGCUUCGUGUUGCUUCACAGCAGCGGCGGAUCAAACGGUAGGCGGAGUAGGCGGUCGCCUAGGGCCUCGCCGUGUUGGGGGCCCCAAACAAUUUGUGCCGAUUGUGCGUUUUUUGGAAAUUUAGCAGCAGAGUUAAUUUAUAGCAUAAAAUCUAAUUAAAAAGGUAGAAAAUUGGUUAUCCUUGGUAGAUAAUUUUGUUUUGUUUGAUUAGCUAUAUCGGCCCGGUUACACGGCUACACAAGAGAAGUAUGCAGUGUAUUCAAACUCCUUCUUCUUUAUCGGCACGACAUCUUCAGGAUGUUUAAGCCUGCCAUUUCUAUUUUUAUUUUUACUUUAUUUACCCGUAGGAUAGUCAGUGCUGCGUACGGAGGUUUGGUGGUCCAAAUGAAAUUUUUCCGUGGUUCUAUCUUGUACAGACCGACUGCGCUACCAAUACACCAUCUGGCCGCCCCGUGAACCCUUAUAUAUCCUUUUACUUCAACCUAUUCAUGUAUUCUAUUUCUUGAACGGGAUUUUUUCAUCUGUUCGUAAAUGAUCCUACCGUUAGAUGCUAGAAUAUAAACCAUGCUUGUUUUCACUUCCGCAAUAUUCGCAAGCAAUUGCCAUUGCAAUACUCGUGGUGUGGUAUUGUUUUCUCUCACCGAUUGAACCGUGAAAAUGUCCAGCCUACGUGUUUCGAAACAGUAUUGUGGUGGAGUGUUGUGUUUAUUAUUUCGAUUGUCACAAUUUCUGCAAGUUUGCAAGCCGGUAAUGAUGUUAUAUCCGACACAAUCUGUCAGUGUACUACGACAUAGCUAGCAUUGUCAUAGAAUAUGAAUAAAAUCAUAUUGCAAUCA